GUAAUUGAAAAUGAAAGUUAACAGGGAGAUAAACACUCACAUUCGCGAAGGCAAGAGGGACCCCUAUACCCGUUCGAAACCGACUCCCCCAGUUGCAUAUGAACUCCACACACAGACAACAAGCUCUCUCUUCUCCUUUCACAUCUCUUAGGUCUUAUACCUUUCUUGGUUUUCCAUUUUCAGUCCAAUUUUAUCCUUGUACAGGAUUGUUUGAAUUACUUGGUAUCAUCGAAGCAGCCAUCAUUUUGGACUUGUUAAUCCAAUUCAUUCUUGAGCUAUUAAUACUUGUAUGGUAUGCUAGUUCAGGGCUUGUUUCAUCUGGUUUUCAAAUAGGAGUGUGGUUAAUUUAUUCUUGGUACAUUCUUGAUGCAUCUACUUUUUUAUGGGCCAAGAAAAAGAAGGCAGAUGCUGUGUGCUUUUAGAUUUUAAUUUGAAGGUUAGAUCAUGGCAUUUGAACCUCAUUAUCAAAGAGGUCCCCAAGUAGGUGUUUUCAACAUGGAAGAUAUUCAGUUAAAUACUAAUUGGGAAGAUGUGAUUUGUCCUAUAUGCUUGGAUUUCCCUCACAACAGUGUACUCCUUCAAUGCACAUCUUAUGAGAAAGGCUGCAGGCCUUUUGUUUGUGAUACAGACCAUUCGCACUCAAACUGUUUGGACCGUUUCAAAAGUGCUGGUGGUAUGCCAUCCCCUUCAACUUCUGAUGAAUCUCUAACAACAAAUACACAGCAUAUGAUAGUGGAGGGCAAUUGUAAACUAGCUUGUCCCCUGUGUAGAGGUGAAGUUACUGGGUGGGUGGUUGUUGAUAAAGCUCGUGCACAUUUGGACGAGAAAAAGCGUUGUUGUGAGGAAGAACAAUGUACUUUCGCAGGGACCUAUUCAGAACUAUGCAAACAUGCUCAACUAGAACACCCUCAUGCUCGUCCUUCAAAAAUUGAUCCUGCUAGACAACUUGAUUGGGAGAAUUUCCAGCAGUCCUCUGAGAUAAUAGAUGUUUUGAGCAUGAUACAUUCAGAAGUCCCACGUGGGGUUGUUUUGGGAGACUAUGUAAUUGAGUAUGGGGAUGAUGAGACUGGAGAUGAAUUUGAGGACUUUCCUGGGGAUGAAGGCAACUGGUGGACUUCUUGCAUCUUGUACCAGGUAUUUGAUAACUUCAGAAGUUCAAGAAAUAGAAGAAGGUCAAGAGUAGCUGAUACAAGAAGGGGAAGUCGCCGCUCGAGUUAUGAUAAUUCAAAUUCUGAUGAGGGUUCUGUCACAUCUGUAGAAUUUGCAGAGUAUAGACUAGAUGAGAUUGAUGAUGAGUUUCCAAGUACGCGUGGCCCCUCCAGGGGUAGCUCUGGUCAUCGCAGUUCCCGAAGGCGUCGUUCCCGCUUUUAUGACAAUUAGCUGAUUGAUGAAAAGUGAACGGAGGAUUGAAAGUGGUAGAGAUGCUGGAAAUUUAGUUAGUCUUAAAACAAAAAGUUACAUCUGGAUCAGAUCUUGUAAAAUAUGUAAUUAGAUCUGCCGAUUACACCUGAAUUUGUAUUUGACUGGUUACAUGGUGACUGAAUUUGUUAUUCAUUCUGUUGAAUUUGAAAUUGAUUAUUAAUUUUGCAUAUUAGGAAUGUGAAAGAAGAUUUAAUUGUUCAA